UCUCGUUACGCCAUCUUUGUUGGGGAGCUGUCGUGUUUGGAAAAUCAGGAUUAGGUCCAGUGCAGGUUUAUCUAACGCUACCUGGUUUAUACGACCCCUUGUGUUGUGUGGCAAACGGGCUAGCUGCUGGUCCACCGCACUCAGACAAUGUCGUCGGAAAACCUCGACUCGGACACCCAGGUGGAGUACGAGGAGGAAAAACAGGACUCACAGGAGAAGAAUGCAAACCCAGUAAAGGCAGAGGAGGCCAAGCUGAAGGCCAAGUAUCCUGGCCUGGGCCAGAAACCUGGUGGAUCGGACUUCCUGAUGAAGAGGCUACAGAAAGGGCAAAAGUAUUUUGACUCAGGAGACUACAACAUGGCCAAAGCCAAGAUGAAGAACAAGCAGCUUCCUGUGGCAGGACCUGAGAAGAACCUGGUAACUGGCGAUCACAUCCCAACGCCGCAGGAUCUACCGAGGACAAGGAAGUCGUCCUUGGUGACCAGCAAGCUAGCUGGCUAGCCUUCAUCGUCCCAAAGGCAUCUUCGACGCCACCCGCCAGGACUCCACCUCACCCUUGUUCCAACAUGUCCACUCCUCCCCUCCUCUUUCUUCUUUUCUCAUCCCGAGGCACCACUGGCUUUAACAUAUUGGGCAGAGUUGUAUAAGUUAAAAUUCUGCUUGUAUGUGGGUGGGCCGGGUGGUGGUUCAGGUGGCCAUAAGGCCACAGCCCUCUCUUGCCUUUGCACCACGCACAGCUCUGUUCCGUCUGCACACUCUGCUCUACCGCCUCCCUUAUAUCUUGGUUUUUAGCGUUCCAAGAUGCAUUAUAGAAGGUGUGUGUCCUCAGGCAGGGUUGGAAGAGGUGAUUUAAUGCACUUUGUAUUCUGUAUAGUCUGUUUAGUUCUCUUUUUAUUGCAUCCUGAAUGACACCAAAAUAAUGUGUGUAAAGACGGUGGGAACCAUGGCUGCAGUUUGUUCUUCGCUUUUUG